AGGUUUCCGCAGAUUAGGAGAAUUGGGGAAGGAAGGCAGGCAGCAAUGGCGGUUUUCCAAGUCAAUCUUUAGCCAUUAAAUUCAAAACCAAACCCGUUACGUAGACUCUCCCAUAUCUUCUCCUCCUCCUCAUCGUCUUCUUCAUCUUCCAUUCCAAUUCAAAUUCCAAUUCCAAUUCCUCUCGGAUUCCCAAUUGCUUUUCAUGAAAUUCGACGAUUUAGGGUUUUUUUGAAAUUUGGGGAUUUUAUUUUAUUAUGCUGUCCAGAUCUUGUUUCAAUCUGUUAAGUAUCGACGACUGCUCUGGCGAGAGGGGCGGCCGGAUUCCGAGAGUGAUUUCGAUGCCGGGAGUGUUUUCCGACUGCGACGACGUCGCCGGAAGUCCGGAAUCGUCGCCGGCGGCGUGUAAAGAGCGGCGGAUUAUUGUGGCGAAUCGGCUUCCGGUGAAGGCUUUCCCCGGCGACGAAGCCUCCGGCGGCCGGAAAUGGUCCUUUGACUGGGACAGGGACGCCCUGGUCCUCCAGCUCCGGGACGGCCUCCCGCCGGAGGUCGAGGUCGUCUACGUCGGUUGUCUGGGAGUCGACAUAACCGACCCUUCGGAGCAGGACGAGGCUGCGCAGAUCUUACUGGAUAAGUUCAAUUGCGUCCCGACCUUCGUCCCCUCCGAUUUGAUGAACAAGUUCUACCAUGGCUUCUGCAAGCAUUACCUCUGGCCUCUGUUUCAUUACAUGCUUCCGAUGACCUCCAGCCAUGGCGUCCGUUUCGACAAGUCCACGUGGCAGGCCUACGUGUCCGCCAACAAGAUCUUCGCCGACAAAGUGAUGGAGGUCAUAAACCCCGACGACGAUUACGUAUGGGUCCACGAUUAUCAUCUGAUGAUUCUCCCGACUUUCUUGAGGAAGAGAUACCACAGGGUAAAGAUCGGAUUUUUCUUACACAGUCUGUUUCCUUCUUCAGAGAUUUAUCGAACAUUGCCUGUUAGAGAAGAGAUCUUGAGGGCUCUUUUGAAUUGCGAUCUUAUCGGAUUCCAAACUUUCGAUUACGCCAGACAUUUCUUGUCGUGUUGCAGCAGAAUGCUUGGAUUGGAUUAUCAAUCCAAAAGGGGUUAUAUCGGAUUGGAUUAUUACGGUCGAACUGUCGGGAUCAAGAUCCUCCCCGUCGGAAUUCAUAUGGGCCAGAUUCGAUCGGCGAUGUCCGACUCCGACACCCGUCAGAAAGUCGAAGAAUUAAGGAAGAAAUACUCCGGCAAGACCAUCUUUUUAGGCGUCGACGAUUUGGACAUGUUUAAAGGGAUAAGCCUCAAGUUCAUGGCCUUUGGAAUCCUAUUGGACGAAAAUCCGUCGUAUCGCGGGAAUGCUGUCCUUGUUCAGAUAACAAAUGCGCCGAGGAGUCGCGGUCGGGACAUUCAGGAAGUUCGGGAUGAGAUUGAUAAGGUUGCGACGGAGAUUAAUCGGAAGUACGGUAGCGUCGACUAUACGCCCAUCGUUUGUAUCAACGGCCCAGUUUCGUUUAACGAUAAGGUCGCGUAUUAUGCGAUUUCCGAAUGCGUCGUCGUGAAUGCCGUUCGGGACGGGAUGAAUUUGGUGCCGUAUAAGUACACGGUGUGUCGGGAGGGCCUCGAAGGCUCCGGCGCAUCAAGAAAGAGCGUCAUUAUUGUAUCGGAGUUUAUCGGGUGCUCGCCAUCGUUAAGCGGUGCGAUCCGAGUGAACCCUUGGAACAUUAAUAGUGUCGCGGACGCGAUGGUUUUGGGGAUGACGAUGUCGGAUUCGGAAAAAGAAUUACGACACGAGAAGCAUUAUAAGUACAUUACGUCGCACGACGUCGCGUAUUGGGCUCGGAGUUUCGAUCAGGACUUGGAGCGGGCUUGCGCCGAGCAUUAUCGGAAGCGGUGUUGGGGGAUCGGGUUCGGGCUGAACUCGAGGGUUGUCGCGCUUGGCCCGAAUUUCCGGAAGCUUUCGGUGCAGCACAUCGCGGCGGGGUACAACGCGACGAAUAGUCGGCUUAUACUGCUCGACUAUGACGGCACAAUGAUGGCGCGGGAUAGAGUCGACAAGUCGCCGAGCCCGGAAGUGAUUGCGCUCUUGAACGGUUUAUGCGACGAUCCGAAGAAUGUUGUGUUUAUCGUGAGCGGUCGAGGGAAGGAUUCGUUGGGGCGGUGGUUCGAUCGAUGUGAGAAACUCGGGUUGUCCGCCGAGCACGGCUACUUUACCCGGUGGCCGGAGAGCGCGCGAUGGGAGACCUGCCGCUUGGCCGUCGAUCUCGACUGGAAAAACAUCGUCUUGCCGAUAAUGGAGCACUACACGGAGGCAACGGACGGGUCAUCGAUCGAGCAGAAGGAGAGCGCGUUGGUGUGGCAUCAUCAAGAAGCUGAUCCUGACUUCGGGUCGUGGCAAGCGAAAGAGCUUCUCGACCAUUUGGAGAGCGUUCUCGCGAACGAUCCCGUCGUCGUGAAAAAUGGGCAGCAGAUCGUCGAAGUGAAGCCGCAGGGCGUGAGCAAGGGGACGGUCGUGAAGAAUCUCGUCGAGGCGACGAGGGAUUCGGGGAAGCCGGCGGACUUCGUGUUGUGUAUCGGCGACGACAGGUCGGACGAGGAAAUGUUCGAGGCGAUAGCGAGUUCGAUCGAGAAUCGGGUGUUGCCGGCGGAGACGGAGGUUUUCGCGUGCACGGUCGGGCAGAAGCCGAGCAUGGCGAAAUACUAUCUUGACGAUACGUAUGAGGUCGUGAAGCUGCUUCAGGGGCUUUUGGCGGCGCCGCCGCCGGCGAAGGGGCCGCAGAAUUUUCCGGCGGGGGGGCCUUGGAAUGGGGAAGUUUGAUGAUGAUAUGAUGACGAAGUUGUAGCUUCUAGAGAAGUAGAGAUUGUACAUAAUAUAUAUAUAUCGGUAUAUCUAUAUAUUUAUACGUAUUGUUUACAGGGCAGAUGAUUCAAGAACGUAUACAUACGGUAAUGUGAAAAGGUUAGUGCAGAAAUGUUCAUAAUGCUACAAAUCAUGUGGCAUUAAAA